AUGCUCCAGCAGCGACAAUGCAGGGACAAGCUCCGAGUUCUCAAACAGGUGCGCGAGCGCAUCGAGUUCUAUCCACUGCGGCCUAUAGACGGAGAUUCUCCCACCUCGUACUCGAUGAAGAUCUCCACCAAUAUGAUUUUUUCGAGUCAAAACGUUGGCAUCGACGCUCUCGGAGGUCUCAAGAUGCUGCUAUUCGCCUUCUUCUCACCACACGAACUACUACACGUCAGCAGCGUCUGCAGGGCCUGGAGAUCCUUAGCACGGGACGAUUUAUUCUGGGAACCGCUACUGUUCACAACAGUGGAAAAGUAUCCGUUGCGGCCACUGCUCGGACUAGAGCGAGACUCAACGCACUCACAUAAAGACGUCCCCGCUAUCCUGGUUUAUAUGGUGUAUCAGAAACUGAAAAUUGCACAGACAGCUUAUAAACCAGAGUGUAGCGACGAUGGUAGCGUUACUCAUACAACUACGACUACGCCAGCUCCAACGAGGUAUAAUGGCAGAUUUUUGCAAUUAUUCCAGACUUUCAACCAACAGCAUGGCGCUGGUGCAGCAGACGACGAGGAUGUUUACAGUGUGGCGGAUGGACGGGAUCGAAUGACAUUGAAUGGAUGGCUGUCUACGAAAAGACGAGUCAGUGAACGUACGUUGCGUUCGUAUUUACGACAAAUGCUGCUAGCAGUGGACGCUUUAGAGAAGUCGAAUUGUGAACAUGCGGACAUUUCACCGGUAAAUAUCGUGUAUUGCAGACGACGAACUCCUGUUUUUCAAUUAUUUCUCAGUCGGAGGAAUUGUCAACACGCACCAGAAGUUGGUGGCAAUGACAAUGGCGUCCCCAUCGCUGCUGCAUUUCGCCACCGGUUAGCUCUUCCACAGAUCUCAAUGGUGAGCUCAGUCAUUCAUACUGCAAUGACCGUGUGGGCUUGUGGUCGAUUCGUGGAUGCAAACACGUCGACGGAUUUGGCUUUACUAUUGCGCUAUCCUGAAAGCUUUUCGAGCCACUUACGCUCGUUCCUGGAGUAUGCAACGUACCUUAUUAUCACCCACUCGGCCAAUGCAUCUAAACUGCUGCGUCAUGAGUAUUUGCGAUGCUCAGAGGCAGAUUUGGACUGCAACUUGCCACCUCAUUGGUCCACAACACCAAUUCGUGAUGUUAAUGAGUACAAAAGCAAGCUUGUGGCCUACUACGGUAGCUUGCCGUCUCGUGUCGACGGGCUUCUGGAUGACAAUAGCAACUCGAUCAGUCCACAGGUGAUUGACGAACUUAUGCCACGGACAAACCUUGGUCUCCAGUACUUUUCCAGCGCUUUGGAGGAGAAUAAACUGCGAUCUGAACGCUUUGUCAGCGUCGUAGCACCAUCGACUGCAUCUUCGUCGUGGGUACGCACACUUGCGAGUACCCAGAGCUGUACACUGCAACGUUUGGACCUUUCACGUGCUCGUGUACCGACGUCGGUGUUGUUGCGAGAGUUGGCAACGUUGCCUCGAUUAACACAUCUUCGUUUACCGCGACAAAUAUUACGAGAUGAAAAUCUGGAGCAUCUUGUAGCUGCAUUGGCAUAUGCUAAGUUCCUCCCGCAGCUUCGAGGACUCGACGAGAAUGUUCGUUACGCCAUGGAUCGAUUGGAGAAAUCCUAUCUGAUGCAACUUGAUAUGGUUACGUUCUUAUUGCAAAAACCCAGUGCAAAUACCACACCUGGGGGUGUUUAG